AAACAGCACAAAUUUUCCAUUCACUCUAAUGGACUCAAAGCUAGAGUGUUUCUUUUCCAUCAUUUUUGUGAGCAAAAUCUGAGAAUCAGCAGCAGCAGAAAUAUGAUGAAAGAACCACCAAUCAAAGCAGCUUCUUUAGCAGAGGAGGAGCUUGCCAGGGUGCGGUCAGCCUUUGUUUGGAGGGUGUCAACAGAAAUCCUUAAACAGCUCCUGGAGGCCCUUGUAAGUGACGGUGUUUUAAAUGAAUUGGAGAAAGAAUCGAUACUGGAGAAGAACCCAGUCAGAGCAGAUAAGGCACGCUGCUUCAUCGACACAGUGAGGAAGAAAGGGGACAAAGCCAGCAGGACAAUGAUCAGAUAUCUUCAGACUAUAGAUCUCUCCCUUUUCUCUCAGCUGCGUUUAUACUCUGAUUCAUCUGCUCAACAAGAGGCUCUUCAAAAUUGUCAGCCGAAACUUAAAUCCAAACUGAAGAAGAAGUUCCAGUGUGUGUUUGAGGGGGUUGCUAAAGCAGGAAACCCAACCCUUCUGAAUAAGAUCUACACAGAGCUCUACAUCAUAGAGGGAGGGACUGCAGAGGUCAAUGAGGAACAUGAGGUCAGACAGAUUGAAACUGCAUCCAGGGAGCCAGAUAGACCAGAAACAACAAUCAGACAAGAAGACCUCUUUAAAGACUCAUCUGGAAGAGAUGAACCAAUCAGAACAGUACUGACAAAGGGAGUGGCUGGCAUUGGGAAAACAGUUUUAACUCAGAAAUACACCCUCGGCUGGGCUGAAGACAAAGCCAACCAGGACAUCCAGUUCAUAUUUCCAUUCACUUUCAGAGAGCUGAAUGUGCUGAAAGAGGAAAAGUUUAGCUUGGUAGAACUUGUUCAUCACUUCUUUACUGAAACCAAAGAAGCAGGAAUCUGCAGCUUUGAAGACUUCCAGGUUGUGUUCAUCUUUGAUGGUCUGGAUGAGUGUCGACUUCCUCUGGACUUCCACAAAACUACAAUCCUAACUGACACUAGAAAGUCCACCUCAGUGGAUGUGCUGCUGAUAAACCUCAUCAGGGGGUACCUGCUUCCCUCUGCUCACCUCUGGAUAACCACACGACCUGCAGCAGCUAAUCAGAUUCCCCCUGACUGUGUUGACAUGGUGACAGAGGUCAGAGGAUUCACUGACUCACAGAAGGAGGAGUACUUCAGAAAGAGAUACAGAGAAAAAAAGCAGGCUAGCAUGAUCAUCUCCCACAUCAAGACAUCACGAAGCCUCCACAUCAUGUGCCACAUCCCAGUCUUCUGCUGGAUCACUGCUACAGUUCUGGAGGAUGUGCUGAAAACCAAAAAGGGAGGACAGCUUCCCAAGACCCUGACGGAAAUGUAUAUCCACUUCCUGGUGGUUCUGGCCAAAGUGAAAAAGGUCAAGUAUGAUGGAGGAGCUGAGACAGAUCCACACUGGAGUCCAGAGAGCAGGAAGAUGAUUGAGUCUCUGGGAAAACUGGCUUUUGAUCAGCUGCAGAAAGGAAACCUGAUCUUCUAUGAAUCAGACCUGGCAGAGUGUGGCAUCGAUAUCAGAGCAGCCUCAGUGUACUCAGGAGUGUUCACACAGAUCUUUAAAGAGGAGAGUGGACUGUACCAGGACAAGGUGUUCUGCUUCAUCCAUCUGAGUGUUCAGGAGUUUCUGGCUGCUCUUCAUGUCCAUCUGACCUUCAUCAACUCUGUAGUCAAUCUGCUGGAAGAACAACAGACAUCGUCCUGGUGGUCAAAAUUUUUCAAUGCACCAAAACUACAGCAUGUCCACCAGAGUGCUGUGGACAAGGCCUUACAGAGUCCAAAUGGACACCUGGACUUGUUCCUCCGCUUCCUCCUGGGUUUUUCACUGCAGACCAAUCAGACUCUCCUACGAGGUCUGCUGACACAGACAGGAAGUAGCUCACAGACUAAUCAGGAAACAGUCCAGUACAUCAAGAAGAAGCUCAGUCAAAAUCUGUCUGCAGAGAAUAGCAUCAAUCUAUUCCACUGUCUGAAUGAACUGAAUGAUCGUUCUCUAGUGGAGGAGAUCCAAAAAUCCCUCAGAUCAGGAUGCCUCCCGGUAGAUAAACUGUCUCCUGCUCAGUGGUCAGCUCUGGUCUUCAUCUUACUGUCAUCAGAAAAAGAUCUGGAUGUGUUUGACCUGAAGAAAUACUCUGCUUCAGAGGAGGCCCUUCUGAGGCUGCUGCCAGUGGUCAAAGCCUCCAACAAAGCUCUACUGAACAGCUGUAACCUCUCAGAGAGGGUGUGUGAAGAUCUGUUUUCAGUUCUCAGUUCCCAGUCCUGUAGUCUGAAAGAGCUGGACCUGAGUACCAACAGCCUCGGGGAUUAUGGAGUGAAGAAGCUUUUAGCUGUGGUGCAGAGUCCACACUGCAAACUGAAUAUUCUAACAUUGAGCAUCUGUAACCUCUCAGAGAGCAGCUGUGAAUCUCUGUCUUCAUUUCUCAGCUACAAGUGUUCUAGUCUGAGAGAGGUGAACCUGAGUGUAACCAACCUGCACGCUCCAGGACUGAAACUUCUUUCUUCUGGUCUGCAGAGUCAGAACUCUAACUUGAGUAAUUUGAGACUGAGUCACUCUAACUUGUCACAGAGAAGCUGUGGAGCACUGUCCUCAAUUCUCAGUUCCCAGUUCUCAAGUCUGAGAGAGCUGAACCUGAGUAACAAUGACCUGCAGGAUUCAGGAGUGGGGCUUCUGUCUCAUGGACUAGAGAGUCCAUAUUGCACAUUGGAAACUCUCAGUCUAUCAGGCUGUCUGAUCACUGAAGAAGGCUGCACUUCUCUGGCCUCAGCUCUGAGCUCCAACCCCUCCCAUCUGAGAGAGCUGGACCUGAGCUAUAAUUAUCCCGGACACUCAGGAAUGCAGCUGCUGUUGGCUGGACUGAAGGAUCCACACUGGAGACUGGACACUCUCAGGGUGGAGCCUGCUGGUGUCCAAUGGUUGACACCAGGUCUGAGGAAGUAUUCCUGUCAACUCACAAUUGAUACAAACACACUACACACAAACCUCAAACUGUCUGACAACAACAGAAAGGUGACACAUGUGGAGGAGGUUCAGUCAUAUCCUGAUCAUCCAGACAGAUUUGAUGUAUGGUCCCAGUUGCUGUGUACAAACAAUCUAACUGGUCGCUGUUACUGGGAGGUCGAGUGGAGAGGAAACUUUUAUAUAUCAGUGAGUUACAGAAGAAUCAGAAGGAAAGGACGUAGUUAUGACUGUGGGUUUGGAAACAAUGAUCAGUCCUGGAGUCUGAGCUGCUGUGAUGAUGGUCCUCUUCGUGUCUGGCACAAUAACAAACAAACACCAAUCUCCUCCUCCUCCUUUUCCUUCCUUUAA